AUGCCAAAAACUGAUGUCGUUGGUCAUGAUAUUGCUUAUUUUGAAUGCGGUGAAGGUUAUGAAAUACAAUGUGAUAUAGAAAUAUUAGCGGCACAUUGUAAUUCAAAUCCAUAUUGUCAUGGAUUUAAUACAAAUGGUUUAUUAAAAUCAUGUACAUCUGGUUGUGAUGUUGGUUGCUGUUAUGAUGUAACAGAAAAUGUUGAUUUAUAUAUCCGUAAAGGUUUUUUACCUCCAGAUGAUUGGUUAAAUGAUAUAAAUAAUGGACGAAUAUUAUAUGCUAAUCCAGAACCACAUUUUUGUUUUUUACCUGAAAUUGCUAAUGGAUAUCUUGGUACUGUCGCUAUGUCAGCGUCAUUAUUUCAAAAUGGAUUAUUUAACGGGAAAGUAAAGAAUAAUAAUAAAAAAAAGAAAACAACAAACUUGAAUAUCAUUAACCUUUGA